GAGGGGGUGCCGCCAGCCCUGAGGGAAGCGCUGCAGCAGCCACGCCCGACGCUCCGGGCCGGCGCUUCCAGCGGGGUCCCGCCGGGCCCCGCCGCGUCCCCGCGCCCAGGGCCGUGAGGGGCGGGCAUGGCGGCCGGGGCAAUUCCCCGCGCUGGGUCACAGAAGCCUGGAGCCCGGGGACGGCUCGGCCCCCUUUACAACAGACGGCCGCCUCACACAGCCGGAAGGACAGAGAGCGACAAAAUCAAGCCCUCUCUCCCCCCUCCUCCCUGGGGCCGGCCCGGGCUGCCUGGCCCGCUCUGCCUCCUCCCCCCGCUGCUGCCGACGUGGCGGGGCGGGGAAGGGAAGGAGCCGGGGGCGCGCCGGUCGGGGCACUGCUGAGCGAACUGAAAAUGUCUGAAGACAUAUCUGAUGGCACCCCAUCUGAAGAAAAACCUGAAGUAAUGGAGAUGCCCAGAAAUGAGGUAUUGCCUCAUGAAUCAGCACCACACCUCGUAGAAGCUGAGAUCUUGCCUGAGUCUUCAGAAGAUCAACAUGGACAGGUCACUCAGAAUGUAGGUAAUAGAAAGGAGGGAAUAGUCAUUGAUGAAAGCCCUUUGACUGAAAAACUCGUUGAAAGCCUGCCUUCCAGCCUGCCUUCCAGUGAAGGGACAACUGAAGACAUGCCCACCGAGUGCAUUGAAACUGUAAGCCUUGAUGCAGAACCUGAAUUGGAAGAAACACCACAUGACCAAAGCAAUCCAGCUGCAGACUCCUCAUCUAAAGCAAGUAGAUGGGGAGCUUGGGGUACCUGGGGAAAGUCUCUCCUGUCAUCAGCUUCUGCCACAGUGGGUCAUGGGAUAACAGCAGUAAAGGAAAAAGCAGGAACUACCCUAAGAAUUCACAGUGGAAGUUCAGCAUCUCUGGAAACAGCAGAGCCUCCUGCAGCUGAAACACCAGUUACUCAAGCAGAAGAUUCUCUGGCCCAAAGCUCUUCUGAGAAUAUUCCUUCUUCUCCUUCAUCUGGAUCUCGUGGCAUGCUGUCAGCUAUCACUAGUGCUGUACAAAACACAGGCAAAAGUGUAUUAACUGGAGGCUUAGAUGCUUUGGAAUUUAUUGGGAAGACAACCAUGAAUGUCCUUGCAGAAAGUGAUCCUGGAUUUAAGAGAACCAAAACACUGAUGGCAAGAACAGUCUCACUAUCUCAGUUGUUGCGAGAAGCCAAAGAAAAAGAGAAACAGAGACGGGCCCAGCAAGUUACAGUAGAAAGAACAGCACAUUAUGGACUACUUUUUGAUGAAUUCCAAGGUUUGUCUCAUCUUGAAGCUCUGGAAAUCCUGUCAAAUGAAAGUGAAGCUCAGAUUCAGUCACAUUUAGCAACACUUGAUGGAGAACAGUUGGAGACUGUGAAAAAUGAUUUAAUUGCUAUAAAAGAGAUCUUUGUUCCAAAGGAAUUAGAUGAUGAAGUGGUGCAGGCGCAGAAAGCAGAUACAGGAGAAGAGUUUGUCAGCAUGCUCACAGAACUGCUCUUUGAAUUGCAUGUUGCUGCUACUCCUGACAAGCUAAAUAAGGCUAGGAAAAAAGCUCAUGAAUGGCUGGAAGAAGCUAGUUUGUCCACCCCAGCAGACAUAGAAGAGGAGCUAAAUGAAAAACCUGAAGAACCUGGUGAAGAAAAGACUCAAAAAGACAAUAAGAUUGAGAGUGAUAUAACAGAAGUAGACAAAAGCAAAACUGUGGAGGAAAUCUACAUGCUGUCCAUUGAAAGUCUGGCUGAGGUAACUGCUCGUUGUAUUGAACAGCUUCAUAAAGUAGCAGAAUUAAUUCUACAUGGGCAGGAAGUAGAAAAAACAGCUCAAGAUCAAGCAAAAGUACUGACAAAUUUAACAAGUGCCAUGUGCAAUGAAGUUUCAUCUUUAUCAAAGAAGUUUUCAGAUUCUGUAACAGCAGCUGGGAGCAAUAUGAAGGCAGAGGUUCUUAACCCCAUCAUCAACAGUGUACUAUUAGAGGGCUGCAACAGUACUACUUAUAUUCAGGAUGCUUUCCAGUUACUGCUUCCAGUUCUGCAAAUUUCCCAUAUCCAGACCAGUUGUUCAAAAGCCCAGGAGUUGUCAGCUUGAGAGCAACCACAGACCCAAAGUCCUGAGCUGUGCCAGGAGAAGAGCUGGUACAAGAGAAGUUGGCCACUAGAGUUCUUUGAAGACACUAAAUGCGGUUUUGCACACACAGUACUGAACAUUUUAAAACUCUUUCAGACUUUAAGACUUUAGAAGUAGCUAGUAAAGUGAGUAAUUUCUUUUCCAGUGCAGUUCAUGCUUUGCAUUAAUUUAAACAGAAGUUUAUUGAUAUUAGCAUUGACUUAAAUACGAAUUCUAAAUGUUGACCCUUUCAGUUAUAAACAAUGUAUGAAACAAAUUGGAAUGUAAAGUUUCUUAAAACAUUUAACUUCAAAUUACCAUUUAUACUGUUUGAUUUGUAACUGCAGCUUAAAAACUAUAUUUCAGAAAAUUGUUUCAGUAUUUAAUUUUUGCCAACAUGAACAAAUUGUCAAAGUGUUGAGCUUGUUAAGUAUUAAUUCCAGUAGCAAAUAAUAACAUCAUAUGGAUAUGUAACACUAACAUAACACCUUGUGUUGAAGGAGUUGUACAGCAAUAGGUAAGUGAAAAUUAUGGAGGUUAUGCAUAAAGAAUUAUACUGAAAAUAAAUUUUCUGAGCCAGUUAAGAUUACGGGUAUAGCUCUGUAUUUGCUGACCCAUAAGUUUAUAUUAAUUUAGGUCUAUUUCCUCAUUUCAGUGGUUGAACAACACAGGAGACAAAAGUAAUAUUUUAAAUAUGCAGGGGAUAGGAAAUUUCCCUUUUGGUUGGCAAUCAAAACACCUGCUAAACAGCCUUCUCUAAGAUGUAUUACUGGGUUAACGAUUUGGGGUUUACUGAUGCCUACCUUCAGAAAUAGAAGUUGUAGCAAGAAGUUACGAAAAAAUUGCUUUGUGUGUGGAGGUCAUCUGUCAAAGCAAUCAUCUUUUUUCUGAGGCAAUAGUUAAGGCAUAAGCAAGCAGUAGGAAUGACAUUUCAUAACACUAGCAACCGUGCUAAUUUGUCCAUAUCUGUAGUUUAAAAUACUCAGUUUUGGACCUAAGAACUUGUUUAGGCUAGUUUACCUCUUAGGAAGAACCUUCCAGUAUUUUACAUAGCCUGUUCUCUUGAAUUUUUGACAUUUAUUAUGUUUCUUUCCGUUAUUUUGUAUUUUUUUCUCUUGGUAUACUCAUUAAUUGUAUUUAAAUGCUAAUUUUUGCAGUUAACAUUUUAAUAUGUUUAAGCAUAGUUCAUACAUCAUAAAAAUAAUUAAGUAGAGCGUGAGGCAGUUUCUGUGUUCAGUAGAAAAGAGAAACCAUGUAUCUGCUCUGCACAUGGUAACUUCUUUGAGUCCAAAUAAGUGGACAGAAAGGUCUUUUUGUGUUUUAUAUAUAUAUAUAAAUAAGGUUUAUUACACAAAAUCUAUUUCCUGGCACCCUGUAAUUUAACAGACAUAGAGAUAUCUUUCUGGGUAAGUAGAAGAUGUACAGUCUUCAAAUUCAUUUUUACAGGCUGAAUAUAAUAUCAGAAGCCUCAGGAGAUAAUGUUUGAAAUCACUGAGGAGCAUUCUUAAGACAAAGAUUGCUUAUCUGAGAUACUCCUUACGAGAGGUUUCAUUGUCUUGUUUAAAUUAUGCAUUUAUGAAUAAAAUACCUUAGCCUGAAGUAAAAGAAGCUAUAAAAAGUAACAUGGAGAACUGAAGUAUUUACAUCCAUACAAUGUAGGAGGGGGAACAGGGCAGUAUGCAAGCAUAGGGAUACUCCCAUCUGAUUCAGCCAUCUUCUUCUAGGAAAACUGAAUGUCGGAUCUUUAAAUCAACUUAGGGUAAAUAAUAUUUCAGUAGCAAAGUACUGUAUGGAUGUAGCCAGAAUAUUUUGUUUACAUUGAUUUGUAUUUUCCACCAGUCAAAUAAAUAAUUUGAGAUGCUGAA